AUGUCAUUUGUUUGGCAGGGACCAUCGCCGCGAUGAAGAAGUUUCUCGUUUUGAUGUUCGUGAUGCUGGCGUCCGCCGCUUCUCGCAGUGGUAAAAUUAAAGCCUCGACGGAGACGCUACAUGAAUUCGAAAUUUGUAACUGGUUUAAAAAUUCAGCCACAAUGGAAAAAUCAAGAGCGAUCGGUACUUCAACCGCCGCCAUCGAUCGCCUCAACGUCGAAGAGACGCCGGUUGAAUAUCAUGGUGGUCGGUCUCUCGGGACGGUCCCUUUGGCACCCAUCGAACAGCCCUUCGCUCCUCAGCCUGUAGCCGACCUCGGGAAGCGGGCAAAUAGCAAUGAUGGACAGAACUACGGGCAAGAAAACGAAGGGCAAAAGAAUGAGAUCCGGAUUUCCGAAACGCUUGAUCAUCUUUCUUCUGUACGCGCAUCCCACAACUCCACACCAAAUGCCCAGACUUCUCCUACGUCCGAUCUAUCCCCUGUUCUACCAGCAAACCAAGCACCUCCAGUUUUCUCACGUGGUUCUGACGCUUCCAAGUACCAGCCAGAUUCCUCGAUUAGUUCUGACCUUGACGACUUCGAGCCAUAUUUCUCGGUUAAUUUUGACCCUGCUUUUCAUUUUGACCCUUUCUCAAAUGGCUUUGACCCUGCUAAGUUCGAGUUAGGUUUCUCCAGUGGUUCUAAUUCUGCCAAGUACCAGCCAGGUCCUGGUUCUUCUACCUUGUCACAUGACAAGUCAGGGACAUCUAGUCUGCCAACGGCUAACCCCGUUAAGGUUGAGACUGCCGUCGCUGCCAAGAUUGACAACCGCAAACCGUCGACAACUCCGGCCUCCAAGCGACCAGUGGUCCAUCAUGAAGUUACUACCACCAACUAUCAACUGCCUGACUACCAGUCGAACCUCGACUCUACCCGUUUGACUGAUGAACUACCCAAUGGUACUUAUGUUAAAACUAAUUUGACUUAUGAUCUGCCCAAUGUGACUUAUGACCUACCCAAUGUGACUUAUGACCUACCCAAUGUGACUUAUGACCUACCCAAUGUGACUAAUAACCUGCCCAAUGUUACUUAUGGCCUGCCAAACGGUGCUUAUGGCCUGCCAAACGGUACUUAUGACCUGCCUAAUGGUAAUCAUGGCCUGCCUAAUGGUAAUCAUGACCUGCCUAAUGGUACUCAUGGCCUGCCUAAUGGUACUCAUGGCCUGCCUAAUGGUACUCAUGGCCUGNUGAUCGUUUAG